CUGAAACGAUCUCGGGUGGAAGAGAAGAAAUUGCCGCUUGUUUUGCUGUAAUUCCACUCCAAUAGCAUAUCAAUUUUGUUUGUAUUCACAAGAAAAUGUUAUUCUACUCAUUCUUCAAGUCGUUAGUUGGCAAAGACGUGGUUGUGGAGCUUAAAAAUGAUCUAAGCAUAUGCGGCACUCUCCAUUCGGUGGAUCAGUAUCUGAACAUAAAAUUAUCAGACAUAAGCGUAAUAGAUCCUGAUAAAUAUCCUCAUAUGCUGUCUGUGAAGAACUGUUUCAUUCGUGGAUCUGUUGUUCGGUACGUGCAGCUGCCAGCAGACGAGGUGGACACACAGCUUCUUCAAGAUGCCGCCAGAAAAGAAGCCACAGUUUCCACAAGAUAAACAUAACCUCAAAUUAUUGAUGAAAUUGUUUUCU